UAAACCAACCAAGAAAAAGGGAAAAUGGCGAUGGUCAAGAACCCAAGAUUCCAUAUAGUCAUGUAUCCAUGGUCUGCUUUUGGUCAUAUGAUUCCCUACCUCCAUCUCUCUAACGAGCUCGCUGAAAGAGGCCACAGCAUCACCUUCAUCUUGCCCAAAAAGGUUCAAUCUCAGCUACAGCACUUGAAUCUUCAUCCUACUCUCAUCUCUUUCCAUUCCCUCACCAUCCCCUAUGUUGAUGGCCUCCCUCCCGGCGCUGAAACUGCUUCCGAUGUGCCCAUCUCCCUGCAUCACCUUCUCGCCACCGCCAUGGACCGCACCACUGACCAAGUUGAAGCAGCCCUACGUGCCUUGAAGUCGGACUUUUUGUUCUAUGAUACAGCCUAUUGGGCUCCCCCUUUGGCAUCCAAAUUAGGUAUGAAGCCAAUAUUCUACAGUGCAGUUAGUGUCGCAGCCAUGAGGUUCCGCGCAGUGAGUAGCGUCACAUACUGCCUCUCUGCGGCAGUAAUCUCGAACACCUUGUUCAAACGAACAAAAGACGUUUUUUCUACCCACUCAACUACGUGGCCCCUCUUGUCCGAACCUGCAUUAUCAAAAAACCAAAAAUAA